AUGGAGUGGGUUCAGGAUUUCUUGAAGAAGCAAAAUCGAUUGGAGGAAUUUGACAAUGCUUGGGCCUCGAUUGCGCCUUACCCUAGACUGGCAGUACCGAACAAGGCAUAUCGUGCCACAACCCAAUGGCAAGGGAAGGAGAUGAGAAAUCUGGGGCGGGUCGUUCUUGGAGCACUCGCGGCUGCUUUGAGAAACCCGGGGGUGGCUGUCAGGGGCGACUUCGCAAAGGCAUUGAAAUGUGUACGAGGCUUAAUCAACUUCCACUUAAUGGCGCAGUAUGGGAGUCAUACGACGAGCACACUGAAUUGUAUGGAGAGCUAUCUCGAGGAUUUCCAUAAGCACAAGGAUAUCUUUUUUGAAUUCCGGGCGUACAAGAGGACGGUUAAGGAUUCGAGAGAUCGGACAAAGGCCUUAAAGACCUCAGGCUCACAAAAUGCUCAGCGAGGUUUGGAGGAGAUACGCGAGAUACGGGAAAGGUCUCACUUCAACUUCAUCAAAUUGCACGUGUUAAUGCACUAUCGGGAACAUGUGGAGCGCUUUGGGAGCAUUCCCCAGUACUCCACCGAUAUCAGCGAACUCGCCCAUGUACGUCAGAUAAAAUAG